UUUGACAUGUAUCAACAGGUCUCACCCUCAUCCUUUUAGUCAGGCCAAGUCAAAGUGAAAAUCAAGCCGCAAUAAUUGUCACUUGCCGGGUGCUUUUCGUGUGUGGCUGGGUGUAUAGAAGAGCACGUGUAUAGCUCGGUGUAUAGUUAUUCACGUCUCUUUCAAAUUCAAGUAACUUCUGCCGUUUUCAACAUGACCGAAGAUCUUUCAGUGAAGAACGAGGAAGACAGUCUGUGGUUGAACCCGAUCGAUGACUUUGUAUCUGAUCAAAAAAUUAAGCCAUUGUAUUGCAUUCGUCAAGGGGUUGUAUUCAUUAUUGAUGCCACAGAACCGAUGUUUGAAAUUAAUCCGAUCACAAACACGUCUUACUUCUCUCAAUGUCUUAAGGCUUGCAAAAGUAUAUUGUCCGAAAAACUAUCAUGGAACACAACAGAUUAUAUAGGCAUUAUAUUAAUGGGUACAAACAAAUGGGAUCAGGAUCCAGAGAUCAAACACGUUCUUUCUUGGCUAACCUUUGAAGAGGUUUCGAUAGAUCAGCGUAAAAAGUUGGAUAAAGCAUUGUUAGAUAUCGAGACAUUUCACAGCGAGAUUGGCUCCUCCGAGGCUUAUCCUCUUUAUGAUGCGCUGUGGCAUGCAUCUCGAUCUUUGUCUACCGUUAAAGUUAAAAUGCCGUUUCGUAGAAUUGUAGUAUUCACAAGAUCUGAUGACCCUCUUUCUAAUAAUCAAACCGAGAGGUAUCGUAUCAGAAUGAAAGCAAAAGAUUGCUCUGAUAUGCGUGUACCAUUGACUGUUGUGGGAUUGGGAGAGGAAUGGGAACCCGAACAUUUCUUUGCGGAACUCGAAGUAAACUCUGGGAAAUUCAAAACAAUAGACGACUAUCAGAGAACAUUUCUGUCUGACAUAGAAGAGGAAGUCAAACAUCCCUCAAGAACCAGUGCAAAAUUCGAAUGGGAACUUGGCGGUGAAGUCAAAUUAGGAGUCCGCAUGAUUUCUAUUAUAUCGAAGUCGAAGUUUCCGCGAAAAAUUCAUCUGAAGAAAGAAAAUAAUGAACCACUCGACGUACAUACGUUUUGGAGAACGAUGCAGAACAAUGAUUCCGAGAAUGAGUCUAGUGAGGAUGAAGGAGAUCAGGAACGUAUAAAAAGUCACGCAUCCCUAUAUAAGUCAAAUGUUUGGCAUUAUGUAACGUAUGGUGGAAGGCAGAUUAAAUUCACAAAGUCGCAAGCCCAGAACUUGAAGAAAAUCUACGAACCAGGAAUGAAGCUGCUAGGCUUCAAACCGCGAAGCGAAUUAUCAGUGACAUAUCAUAUCGAACCGGCUAAAUUAAUCACUUAUGAUGAAACAACUCUCAGAGGAAGCAGAGCCUUGUUUGCCUGCUUACUAGCACAGUGCAUGGUGAAAAAUGUGAUGCCGAUUUGUGUUCUAACAAGUCGUCAGUCAUCGUCCCCAAAUUUGUUCGCAUUGGUACCAGAUAGCACGUAUGAAGGAUUUUACGCGUACAGAUUACCCACUACAGAAAAUUUACGAGACCUAGCCCCACUCAUCGGUGAGUAUAUUUACGACAAGGAGCGCGUAUGUUCAACAAACGAGGAUACUUUGGAUCUAUGUCGCAAGAUCAUUAGCAGAUCGACUUUUAUGUACGAGCCUACGAUGUUUCGUAAUCCUAAAUUGCAUAUGGAAUUAGCUAGCAUAGAAUCAUUGGCAUUGGAUGAAGAUUCAUUGAGGGCACCACUUGAUACAACAAUACCUGAUAAAAAGGUUCUUUAUGAGAGGUUGGGUACGCUGAAAGAUAAAUUUGAAUCAGUAAUAAGCAUACAUGACUCUAUCCCUCAGAAAAGACCUAUAAACUCGGCCCCGGAUGGAUUCAAUAAAAAUGCUAAGGUUGAGGAAGAAUUGGACUUUGAACAGCGCUCAGGUCGAAAAAAGUACAGUAAAACAGCUGAAAGAUUACCUACAGAGUGUCGGGAUACAGCCAGUUGGCAGGAAAAAUGAACUUGUUAACACAGUGUACAGGUUAUUUAAUAAGUCCUAAAAGACUUUGGAGAUUGUUUUUCAUUUGAAGGAGUUCUCACAUUUCUUGUAAUUUGUAUGAGUUGAUCUUUUAUUUUUAAUACAUUUUUGCAGUUUUAGCUACUGAUGUAAAAGUUUUAUUUUGCUGAGUGAAUUGUUGAAAAUUGUAAUAGUUGGUAUUUUUAAUUUUGAAAAUGUUUUAUGAAUACAGAGAGAAGUGAUGUUU